CCUGUGGCGCUCAGGGGCUUCGGCUUCGUCACCUUCAUGGACCAGGCCGGCGUCGACAAGGUCCUGGCGCAAUCCAGGCACGAGCUGGACUCCAAGACGAUUGAUCCAAAGGUAGCGUUCCCCCGCCGAGCGCAGCCCAAGAUGGUGACCCGAACGAAGAAGAUAUUUGUGGGUGGUCUGUCAGUGAACACUACUGUGGAGGAUGUGAAACAAUAUUUUGAGCAGUUUGGGAAGGUGCCCGCGGAGCAGCGCGGGAGCAGGCGAGAACACCUGAACGGGCCGGUCCUCUCACCUGUGGCUGGGAACGGGCUCUUUGCCCCCAUUCAGUCCCAUUUGCGGAGCUUUGAGAACGCCCCUGCAGAAGGGAGGGACCAGGGGAGUUUUGCCUUUUCCUCAGGGUUCGGGUUUGUCACAUUUGAAAGUGAAGAUAUUGUGGAAAAAGUGUGUGAAAUCCACUUCCAUGAGAUCAACAACAAAAUGGUGGAAUGUAAAAAAGCGCAGCCCAAGGAGGUGAUGUCCCCAACGGGCUCGGCGAGAGGGCGAUCCCGGGUGAUGCCGUACGGAAUGGACGCCUUCAUGCUCGGCAUCGGCAUGCUGGGCUACCCAGGCUUCCAAGCAGCCACCUACGCGAGUCGAAGUUACACUGGCAUUGCACCCGGCUACACUUAUCAGUUUCCUGAGUUCCGUGUAGAGCGGACCCCUCUCCCGAGUGCCCCCGUCCUCCCUGAGCUCACAGCAAUCCCUCUCACUGCGUAUGGACCAAUGGCGGCGGCAGCGGCCGCGGCGGCCGUGGUGCGAGGGACAGGUUCCACCCCCAGCCGCACCGGUGGAUUUCUGGGCACCACCAGCCCCGGGCCCAUGGCCGAGCUGUACGGAGCUGCCAACCAGGAUUCAGGGGUCAGCAGUUACAUCAGCGCUGCCAGUCCAGCCCCGAGCACCGGCUUUGGCCACAGCCUAGGGGGUCCCUUGAUUGCAACAGCUUUUACCAAUGGGUAUCACUGAAGCUGGGGACCAAGGAGGCAGGAGACUCCCCAGUGCCCGCGCCGAGGACGGCGGCUGGAGGAGCUGGUGAGCCUCGGGGCUGAGCGAGGGUUACCUUUUUCUGGAAUCAAACUGCACACUGCCGGUGGCUGCCAGGCUCCUGCCGCCCUGCCCUGAUCUCUCCCUUUGACCAGACCACACUGGACUGAACCCGAGGAGAUCAUCUCGCUUUCUUACUAACCACCGACGGUUUACGCUUCCCCUCCCCGCCCCCCGGCCCACCGAUUCUUCUUUUAUUUAUUUUACUAGCUGUUAGUUUUAUUUUUUUAUUUUAUUUUUUUAUCUUUUUGGGGGGCUCCUCCUUUUUGUUGUUUGCUCUUUCCUGAGCUAGUAGACAUAUUUUAUGAAUUGGCUUUGUGAUUGUGUUAGGUAGUUUUUAUUGAGGAGUAUUUUUAUUUGACUUUGAAACUGUUUUGAAUAUUUUCAACUCUGUUGUUGUUGUCGUCAGUGUUUUUAAAGCACGGUAUGUAACGAGAAUGCAGUUCUGAAGGGAAGAAAGAGACGCAGAGAGAGCAAAGGCUAAGAGGAACUGAUGUAUUUCUAUUUUUUUUUAAAGAAACUGUUUUUAAUUGUUUCUGUUUUGUAAAUGUGAGGCUUUGAAAAGCGUGAGACUCCAAGAUCUGAAAACGUUGGACAGUGCUAUGGAACAAAACAAAUGUAUAUUUUGCUAAGUGAAAAACACUAUCCUUUACAGCUGAGAGAAUUUCUGUUUUCCUAGGUUUAGUUUUAUGUGGGGUUUUCUUUCUCCUCCUGUAUAAUAUGUAAAUAUCGCGAGGUGACCCUGGCUGCCUCCCGCAGCCUGGCUCCGAGGAGCAGCUCCAGGUCCCGCACUUGGUGCCGCAGUGUGAGCAAUACUCUCCAGCAGAAUCCUGACAGGACUCCGUUCUUUUUUUGUACACCUUUUACUGUAAGAUUUUAAGACCUCUGAUGAGAUGGAAGGGGGGGUGGGGGCAGGGGUGAGAUGCAC